AUGGCUCAAAACCUUUUUGUAGCCGAGGGCAUUGACAUCCUUCGGCAGUCCGAUGCGGAAGAGCGGGAGUUAGAUAAAUCACGAUUGCGAAUUAAAGGCGGCAAAGGUAGCGGCGAACAGCUUCUUUCUAUCGUCCAAAGAUACCAAAACCUAUACCAUCGGUGCGUUCAAGGGAUGGAAAUCCUAAACCACGUGAGGCAUACUGCCCUCAGCGAGGCCGCUACGCAAAAUGACCAGUACAGUCGAAAGAUAUCCAAUUUUUGUACCCAAAAGAUUGUAGAUGGUGUAAAACAAUGCAAAAGAAUCACGAAAAUGUUGGAUAGCAUCUCCUUUCCACUAGACCAUGCGGAUCUAAUCAGGUACGAGGGCUACCUGGUGGAGAAUUCUAUCUUCCACCAUGAUGGCAAGCGAUUUCCCCUUAAAGGAAAGGAAAAGAUGCUCUCGCAGGAGUUCAACCUCACCGAUGGUACCUACAACGUGUUGAUCAAAAACCUUGACGACUACACGAUCGCACGGCCGGAGGUUAGCGUCGUCUUCGCCCUCAUUCCGCAUGGUGAGGACCCAGCAGAGAGUUCUAAAAUGGAAUUUAUGCUCUUCUGUGGCUGCGCGUGGGUCAAAACAUUUGGGGUUUUCACCAAUAAUAAGUAUCCCACAUCGUUGCAGUUGCAGGUGCGCUCAUCGGGGAUGCGGGAAUCUCAUAUUGAAGUGCACCUUCAGAAGUGGAAGCCGGUGGAGUGUGAUUUAUCCGCAAAUGCAGGAGAAGGGAACUACGGAAAGCCCGCCAGCAUCGGCGAGAAUGCCCAUUAUUUUGAUAAUUUGGGAAAUCUACCUUUAAAAGAAAGGAACGAGGCAGCGGACGGAGAGAAAAAAUUGGGAAGCAACUGGAUGGAUGGGAUUCCAACGCUGGGCGAUAGCGAGUUGGAGACGUUGGCGGCGUUUAAUGUUCCGCAUUCGGAGCUCCCCAAUCGUGAUAAUGAUGUGAAGGAUUUAACGGGAAGCCCAGCGUCAGCCGCUCUUUCUUUUCCAAAAAGUAACGAUGGAAAAAAUCCAUGGGUGGCGUUGGAAAGCCUAAACGUACCCCACACAGGCGAUCAUGGAAGAACCGAAUUUGCGUCGGUUCCCGCUCCAGUGGAGUAUCGCCCGAAGGGUUUAAAUUGCCGGCAACGGAUGCAAAUUUUGCGCGCAAUGUUAAAUGCCUGGCCGUCGGAAGGGAAUGUCAUGCUGGGCCUUCAAACGAACAGUCAGCAAAUUUUAAACUCAGUUUAUGCCCUUCCCCUUCCUACCGAAAUCGAGUAG